AUGAUCCAGAAAUUCAAUGCGCUUCCUUCUUUCCAUGGAAACCUUGCGUUGGGCAAAUCCCUGGUUGCUGCUCCGGGGCUUGCACCGAUCUGGGAACAAGUCUUCAACAUUGCGGCGCAUGCAAUGCAACGACCUGUUCAGGAACGAACCCCGCCUGCUGUUCCGGCCAGUGCGCAGAUCUCGCUUCUUCGACCCUACAUUGUGGAACUUGUCAGGCAAAUCCAUGUCUUGGACUUCAACCCGCAUGUUGCUCGGGUGUUUGUGAAGAUCUUGGCACAAGUCUUCAACACUGUGGCGCUUGUAAUGCUGUUCCUGUAA